GUUACAUAAGUGGCAUAUUAUCACAGAGUUACUAUACGGUGAAGGCUCACUUGUUGUUCUGCUGUGGUGCCUUUGGUAAAGGAGAUGUCGGGAAAAGUGAAUUUUCUUGAACUGCACAAUGGAAGGAAGAUGCCUAUUAUAGGAUUGGGCACCUGGGAGGUUCAAAUACUGUCAAAGGAUGAAGUUGAUGACAAAGAAUUAGUCAACGCAAUAGAUGCUGCACUUGAAAUUGGUUAUAGACACAUUGACACAGCUUACCUUUAUUGCACAGAGAAAGCUAUUGGAAAAGUUUUGAAGAAAUGGACCAGCUCUGGAAAAAUUAAGAGAGAGGACUUAUUUAUUACAACUAAGCUACCAAGCUGGGCAAUGAAGCCUGAAAAGGUUGAGAAAUACCUUAAAGAAUCACUGGCAGCAUUGCAGUUAUCAUACGUUGACUUAUAUCUGCUUCACCAUGCUGUUGGCUUAGUUGAAAUCGAUGGUGACAAUGUAGAAGCAUAUCACAAGUAUCCAACACCUGAUGUUACAACAGACCACGUUAGUGUAUGGAAGGCUAUGGAAGCACAAGUAGAUGCUGGAAGGGCAUUGUCAAUUGGGCUUUCCAACUUUAAUGCUCGCCAGGUCAAGCGUAUAGUAAAUUCAGCUCGCAUUAAGCCAGCAAACCUGCAAGUUGAGGCACAACUGUAUUGCCAACAGAAAGAACUCGCUGCCUUUUGCAAAGCCUUAGAUAUCACUGUGUGUGCUUUUGGCCCUAUUGGAUCACCAGCUCUAAGUACUACUGGUGCAAAUGUACCCAAUUUGUCACCACUGGCAGAUCCUGUUGUGAGUGAAAUUGCAAAGAAGUACAAUAGAACACCAGCACAGAUCCUUCUUCGGCACUUAAUUCAACAUGGAAUUGCUGUAAUUCCAAAGAGUUCAAAUCCUAAACGCCUAAAAGAAAAUUUCCAGGUGCUUGAUUUUGAAUUGAAAGAAGAUGAUAUAGAUAGGCUUGAUGCAUUAGAUAAAGGAGGGAAAGGUCGCAUUUUCACUGAAAAUGUGAUGAAGGGGUAUGUCGGGCAUCCAGAAAAUCCAUUUGUUGACAGAUACUAGCCGCUCAUUUCAGUGGAGAAAUCUUCAUUGCUUCCAACUCUGUUGGGUAUAAAAGUCAACUGUUGUAUUUUGUUCCAUUUCUUAACAAUAAGUUGUGAAAUGUAAAAUAAUGCAUACCAUGAAGCGUGAAACAUUAAAUGUGGUCAUGAUUGGA